CGUAAGUACCUGUGGGGGCCAAGCCAACGAGUUCAUCGGUGACAGUUGUGAUUUUCACAUUAUUAUUUAUGUAUUUCUAUCAUGUAAGUACUUUUUUAUUUAAAAUUGACGGUUUUGGUAUUAUACUAAAAGUUGGAAGUUUUGUGUAAUGUGCAUUAAAUAUGUAUAAAAUGUAUCAUAAUCUGUCUACGGCUGGGUUGCAGCAUCUCACUUUAACAAACGUCAAAAAUCUGUCAAACUCCAUACAAAAACAUCGGUUAUCGAUAAAGUUACCGUCAAAGUUAGGUGGUGCAACUCAGCUUCUUAUUAAAGAUGGUCCCCUAAAGAAUUGUGUUUUUGGAGGAAAAGUGCAUGGUGUUCCAUCGUACAACGAGGUACGGAACCUGACUGAUACUGUCCCGACUCGCACUUGAUGGGUUUUUGUUGCAUUUUCACGUUACUUUUGACACCAAAGUUCAAAGUUUAUUAUUAUUUCAAACAACUGCUUCUCCAAACCUCUCUAGGUAUCGCAUGUUAGCUAAUUUAAACAAUAUUGUAAUACAUACAAAUUGAAAUGAACCGUCCAAAAUAUUAUAAAUGGAGAUGAUUUACUCAUGUGGCAAUUUAGACAAACAAAGGUGAUGUAAAAUGUAACUAUGGUUUAGCUACAAAUAGCUUUGUUUUUAAUAUACACAGUAUAUUAUAUUAGUGUAACUAAGAAGUGUGGUGUUUGGCUCAAGAUUUAUAAAGGACUCAGCAUAAAAGGACCAAAGAAUGCAAAGCUGAUCCACCAUGGGAGUCCUCAGUGUGGCAGCGACUGCUGCCAAGGCGGCCCUAGCGAUAGGUGGUCUCAGCAAGCUCACCUUCAUCCCAAUCAUGCUCGCUACCAUGGCAUACUUCAACUAUGACCUUUUAGAUCCUGAAAACAGGCCUUUUAACCAGAAACUCCUGAACGAGAAAUAUGACUUUGUUAUUGUUGGAGGAGGAUCGGCAGGGUCAGUGCUGGCAAAUAGGUUGACAGAGAUAGAAGGAUGGAAUGUCCUGCUGCUGGAGGCAGGUGGUCAUGAAACGGAUAUAAGUGAUGUACCGCUGCUGUCACUGUAUCUUCAUAAGAGUAAACUGGACUGGAAAUACCGCACUCAACCACAAGACACGGCAUGCCAGGCUAUGAUCGACAAGCGCUGCAGCUGGACCAAAGGCAAGGUCCUGGGAGGAUCUUCAGUCCUGAACACGAUGCUUUACAUCCGAGGGAACAAGCGAGACUUCGACCAGUGGGAGUCCUUCGGGAACCCUGGAUGGGGGUACGAAGAUAUACUUCCGUACUUCAAGAAGUCGGAGGACCAGAGGAAUCCUUACCUCGCUAGGGAUAAGCGGCACCAUUCGACAGGUGGCUACUUGACAGUGCAAGACUCUCCUUACAACACACCACUGGGUGCAGGCAUGCUGCAAGCUGGAGAAGAAAUGGGCUACGAUAUACUGGACGUCAACGGAGCACAACAAACUGGAUUCGGCUGGUACCAGUUCACCAUCAGAAGAGGAACGAGGUGUUCAGCUGCUAAAGCUUUUCUGCGACCAGUUAGGCUACGACAAAAUCUUCACAUAGCAUUAUUCUCACAUGCCACAAAGGUCUUAAUAGACAAAGACACCAAAAGAGCAUACGGAGUGGAAUUCAUCAGAGAUGGAACCAAGCAAGUCGUGUAUGCUACUAAGGAAGUUAUUCUAUCAGCUGGAGCGAUCGGUUCUCCUCAACUACUCCUACUAUCUGGAGUAGGCCCAGAAGAUCAUUUGAAAGAAGUCGGCGUUGAUGUGAUCCACAAUUCUCCCGGUGUUGGGAAAAAUUUGCAGGAUCACAUUGCUGUUGGUGGACUCGUUUUCAGAGUUGACUAUCCUGUUAGUUUGGUGAUGAAUAGGCUUGUAAAUAUUAAUUCAGCUUUACGGUAUGCUGUCACUGAAGACGGCCCUCUCACAUCAAGCAUUGGGUUAGAAGUGGUUGCUUUCAUAAAUACAAAAUAUGCAAACGCCACAGACGAUUGGCCAGACAUCGAGUUUAUGAUGACGUCAUGUUCCACACCGUCUGAUGGAGGGACUCAAGUGAAGAGGGCGCACAGUCUCACAGAUGACUUCUACAAUGAAGUUUUCGCUGAAAUCAACAACCAAGAUGUAUUCGGUAUAUUCCCUAUGAUGCUUCGUCCAAAGAGUAGAGGUUUCAUUAAAUUACGGUCCAAAAAUCCUUUGGAAUACCCAAUAAUGGUUCACAACUACCUCACACAUCCAGAUGAUGUGGGCGUUUUAAGAGAGGGUGUUAAGGCUGCUGUGGCUGUCGGACAAACACAAGCUAUGAAGCGUUUCGGAGCCAGAUUUUAUGAUAAGCCUCUACCGAAUUGCAAACAUUUACCUCUAUACACGGACGAAUAUUGGGACUGUUUGAUAAGACAGUACACUAUGACGAUAUACCAUCUUUCUGGUACUGCAAAAAUGGGUCCUUCAACUGAUCCCAUGGCUGUUUUGGAUUCACAGCUACGUGUCCAUGGUGUCGAAGGUCUUAGAGUUAUAGAUGCUAGCAUGAUGCCUACUAUUACCAAUGGUAAUAUUAACGCACCAGUCAUGAUGGUGGCUGAAAAAGGUGCAGAUAUGAUCAAAGAAGCUUGGCUAGACAAAAGAGGUACGAGAUCUAUAAACUGUACUAAAUUAGAGCAACUAGGCUUAGAACAAAGAGGAGAUAAUUUAUGCAGUAGGGGAAGCUGACGCAUCAAAUGAAGUAGGUAGCUUUUCCUAGGCCAUAUUAAUUUAAAAAGACUCGUUAGGCUGUCAGCAAAUUACAAAAUACUUUUAGCUGCGGACUGACGGGUUUUAUUCAAUAUGUUUGCAAAUAAAGAUACAAAUCUAGUCGUUGCAUCACAAAAAUUCAACAAUAGUAGAUAAUAUUGAUGUAAGCUUUCUUAACAUUGUAUUGUU